AUGUCUGCACUGGAGAAAAAUAAAGAUGUUUGGGCUAUGGGUGGUCAAGGCCUUGAUCCGAAGUACGAAAAAUGUCGAAAUAUUACAGAAGAAAUAUACAAAAGGAUAAAUAUUACAUUUCAAAUAAAAAAAUUGGAAUCUGCUGGUCAGAGUGAUGUUUCUGACCAUAGUGACCAAAUAGAUAGCAACGAACUCAGCAACGAGACUGAUCUCUUCGCCUGCGACAAGUCUGACUCCAUAUCCAGCAGCACGGAGGCCGAGAAGCCGAUCGCGACCUGCGACAGGUACAUCAACAUCAAUAACAACGAGGAGCUGAAGACUAAGAAACCGGCUGUGGUGUACAAGAGACCCAGGAAAAGGUUUAGAAAACGUGUAAAGAAACGCCAGACAGCCCGCGCCCACAGCGACACCGAGGGGUCCAGUGACGAGGCUGUUCCUCUGAGCCGGAUGGUGGAGGUGGACUCGAAGUCUGUGGACAACGAUGACAACAUUAUGGGAGUGCCGAAUAUCGUCAUACUGACCAGAGAUCUAAAACCAAAGAUCCAAUCAGACAAGCGUUCUUUCGCCACCACCAAAAACUCUAAGAAACUGGACAUUUUAGUACACAAACCCGAAGAGAAAAAGAAGGAAACAGAACCAGUUAACCGAUCUCCUACUGUAGAGAAGAGUGGAAUGGAGUGGAAAAAUCAAAGUGUCAACAACAUCUGCAAUAUCGAUCUGCGCACGGUGGAAAACCACUUCCAUCGGCUGGCGGCGCCCAGGGACGGUGAGGAUAGUUGGCCCCCGGUACUCGUGCGGGCGGACCCGAUGCCAGAGAGCGACGACCGACUGUGUGCGCCGUUUACGGAGGGAGAAAUCACGGAUUGCCUCAAGCGCCGGACGGACACCUCGCCCGGGCCGGAUGGGAUAAAAUACUCCGAUCUUCGGAGGGCGGACCCUGAGAGCCGAGUUCUGACAGCACUAUUCAACGCAGUGUGGCGAAUAGAAGCUGCUCCGUCGACAUGGGGCGCAGCAAACACCAUCUUGCUUCACAAGAAAGGCGACGUCGACCAGAUUAAUAACUGGAGGCCGAUCUCCCUGGGUAACACGGUACCGAAGCUCUUCGCUGCGAUUCUGUCGACCAGGCUGAAGAGUUGGGGCACAGCCAACGGCAGAUUUAGCAGCUCACAGAAGGGGUUCCUAAGCUUCGAGGGCUGCUUCGAGCACAACUUCGUGCUACAAGAGGCGAUCCGAGAUGUUAGGCGCCGAGGCGGAGAGCUGGUGGUGGCGUGGCUGGAUCUCACCAGCGCCUUUGACUCCAUCCCUCAUUCCUCCAUCCGCCGGGCUCUGGAGGGCCACGGACUUCCACCUAGAGUGAGACACGUCAUCGCCUCACUAUACUCUAACAUGACAACCAGUGUUAGAGUGGCAAGUGGCAGCACAGCGCCCAUACACAUCGAGUCGGGGGUGAGACAGGGCUGCCCCCUUAGUCCGGACAUAUUCAAUCUAACCAUUGAGGUAUUAUUGAGGGGACUGGCGGGCCUGAACGAGGGCUAUGUGCUCGAGGGUAGGCGCUACAACAGCCUGUUUUAUGCCGACGAUGGAGCGCUGCUGGCGGACUCGCCGGAGGGCAUGAGGCGACUAUUGGAGGCUGCGGAGUCGGGCGCGCGAGCGGUGGGAAUUGAGUUCAACCCCAGCAAGUGUGCCACCAUACACAUCGUGGGGGGUCGAGGGGGUGGCGCCCGCCCAACCGUGUUCAAUAUACAGGGUACACCGAUGCGUGCGCUUGCCGACGAAGAGGCCUACGAGCAUCUUGGCAUACCAACGGGCUAUCAGGUUAGGCAGACACCAGUCGGCACAGUGCGAGAUCUACUCGAGGACGCCAAGAAGAUCGGUGACUCACUGCUUGCGCCCUGGCAGAAGCUUGACGCGGUCGGCACAUUUUUGCUGCCUCGUCUCGACUUCAUAAUGCAGGGAGCCACUAUGGAGAAGGAAUACCUCACAGCGGUGGAUAAAGCAGUCAGGAGGCUGGCUAAGGAAUGGCUGUACCUACCGCAGCGCGCAAGUGCGGAGCUGGUUUACUUGCCGCCCUCACGGGGAGGUGGUGGACUGCUUCCGCUUGCCGACCUUCACGACGUCCUCACUGUGGCACAUAGCUACCGGCUGCUCAACGCCAGGGAUCAUGCAGUGAGAUCGUUAACGGAGGCAUUGCUGAAGCGGACAACGUCGGAUAGGCUCGGGCGGAGCGCGGGUGGUGACGACAUCGCGCGUUACCUCUCUGGGGACACGGGCUUGCCCCCGUCGGGUGCCGGAACGUCCUUCUGGGCCAGAGUGAGAGUGGCCUCCACCAAUCUCAAAAAGAAAAUAGGACUACGCUGGCAAUGGCACCCUGACAAAGAAAGAUUGGGGCUGAAAUGUGGCGGGGACGGAGAGGCUCUGCUCCCGGAGGAUAGUCGGCGGGUCGCCAAUGUGUUGCGACGUGGCGUGUCAGCUCACUAUGCGGGAAAACUCCUUGCCAAACGCGAUCAGGGCAAGGUGUUUGAGGUUACCAAAAGGAGCGUAGCAUCGAACCACUUUCUCCGGACUGGCAGAAAUAUCCGCUUCUGCGACUGGCGGUUUAUUCAUAGAGCCAGGCUUAAUGUCCUCCCGCUGAACGCCGCAGUCCGCGGAAUACCAGGCUUAGACAAAAGCUGUCGCAGAUGCGGUGAAGAUCUGGAGUCCCUUCCGCAUGUGCUCAACCACUGCGGGCCGCAUGCGGCGGCACGACAGAUGAGGCACAACGGCGUCCAGAACAGGCUGGUGAGGGCUGCCCGCUGCGUGGGUAACAUCACCAUCAACAGAUCCGUCACCGGAGCACAUGGAGCGGCGGCAGUAAUGAGGCCCGAUAUUGUCGUGCGAGACGAGACCACGAGGCGCAUUAACAUCGUGGACGUGUGCGUCCCAUUUGAAAAUAGGACAGAGGCCUUCCGAGCAGCGCGCCGGGAAAAGCUGGCUAAAUACGCACCGUUGGCCGAGCAGCUGGUGGAGCAGGGCUACACGACCCGUAUCGAGACAUUUAUGGUGGGAGCUCUCGGGGGUUGGGACGCGCACAACGAGACGGUCAUCAAACUGCUGGGCAUUAGUAAAAGAUAUGCUGGCAUGAUGCGCCGCCUCAUGAUCAGCGAGGUGGUGCGCUGGUCGCGCGACAUAUACGUGGAGCAUGUGUCCGGGGUGCGGCAGUAUCGCGUGGACCAAUGA